AUGUCCACCACUACGACCACCGCUGGCACUGAUAUCAUCACCGCUACGGCCGCUGUGGCCAAUCACGAGCCGCUCCGCCAACAACAACGGCCGGUGCCGUCGCGGCCGCCGCCGGGCAGACAAUCGCUGUCCACCGGACGGAAGCGCUUGACCUCAACCACGACAGCGGCGGCUAAGACUUUGUCGUCGACGGCGGCGGCCGCUAACGGCUCGAAGACAUCGUUGCGGAUCAGAUCGGCGUCAGUCGGCCGUACCCGUGACAGCGAACUCCGGUGCCGGUACUGGGCCUUCCUGUUCGACAAUCUGAACCGAGCGGUGGACGAGAUCUACCAGAACUGCGAACGGGACGAAUCGGUGGUGGAGUGCAAAGAGACGCUUAUGGUUCUCGACAACUAUCGGCGCGAGUUUCAGGCCCUCAUCGAGUGGUUGCACCUCAACAUCGACUACGAGAGCAAACCGGCGCCCGAGAGGCCCACGUCUGUCGCCUGGGAGGUACGCAAGUCGGUGUCCGGACAGAUGACCUUUUGGCACACUUUUUUCAGCAAAAAUGCUGAUUUGCCACCAAUUGGUGACCAGAGUUCGCCCCAAAAGCUAUCUACUGAUCCGCCGAUUGAUAGUCACGUGAAGAGUGCCAAUGAGUCGAUGGUCAGCGACAGCGGCAGCGAGAAGGAGAACAGUUCCCCCAAACCGGUGCUUAAAGACACUGAUAAAGACGUGGACUCUAUCGGUAGCGACGGAUCGGUGACGUCGGAUAGCGCUGAAGAGCGCCCACCCGUUGCCGCCAAAGAGCGUACCGUUAGUAUCGAUGGUGGGGUUAGAGUGCCGACAGACAAGCCUACGAUUGCGGCCAAAGCGACCAUCAAGUCCUCGGUGUCCACACCGACGCUCAAUACGAUGACCACUAGCUGUCCGUCAAAGCCCUUAAAUCCGUUGGCGCAGACAUUCAAAUCGCGAUUACAUCCAAUGGCGCCGUCGAGUACUACCAUAUCAUCGCAUCCGCAGCCGAAACAGCAGCUGAAAGCCGUGUCAUCGGCCACACCAUCGCCGGCGGUGGCGGCCAUUACUACCAUUACUACUACUACUACAACACCGGCAGCUCAGACAAAACCCGGACAGACUCUCAGCGGUGCCUCAGCUACUGCUCCCACAGUAUCUGUCAAAAGGUCUGUGGCCUCUGCUUCGCCAGCG